GGCUUUUCCUGCGGGAGGAGGAGCAGGAGGAGGGGUUUGCUUUUGCAGAGGACUGGGAGGUUUGUAGAAAAGCAAGAGCAAGACGAAGCCAGGCAGCCGGAUGCCCGGGAAGGUUCCCUUAAGAAAGAGAAGCCUCUCUUCACAGCCAAGGGAAUAAAGGUGUCUUUUCACAGGUGGUGGAGACUCAGUGGAAGGGGCAGGAGAUGGAAGAGCAGGACCCAGGAGGACCUGGAACUGGCAAGACAGCAAGCAAAGACCCCCUUCUCCUCCACAGUGGGAGUGGUGUUGCAUUCUGGGAAAGAGCUGUGCCAGAGAUCCUGGCUAAGGACGCCAUGGCCUCGGAUGUACAUUGCCAACUCUUUCAGCAAUUCCGCUACCAUGAGGCCAACAGGCCCCGAGAGGUUUGCAGCCAGCUCCAUGGACUCUGCAACCAGUGGCUGAAGCCGGAGAGGCACACCAAGAAGCAGAUCCUGGACCUGGUGAUCCUGGAGCAGUUCCUGAGCAUCCUGCCCCAGGAAAUGCAGUGCUGGGUCAGAGGAUGUGGGCCGGAGACCAGUUCCCAGGCAGUGGCCCUGGCCGAAGGUUUUCUCCUGAGUCAGGCAGAGGAGAAGAGGCAGGCAGAACAGAUGUGGGGGCCAUCCCUGAAGGUAGAAGCAACAUUCCCUGAGGCAGAAGGAGCUUCCUUGGAGCAAGAGGAGAGAGCACAAAAACCUGCUCAAGAUGUCCUCUCCUUUGACAGUGGAAAGAUGCUGUUGAGUCGUCAUCUUUUCAGAGGCGUGGAAACAGCUGCUGCACCUCUAGUCCAGUGCCCCUUUUCCUUUGAGGAGGUGGCUGUGUAUUUCACCGUGGCAGAGUGGGCCCUGUUGGAUCCCGCUCAAAGAGCUCUCUACCAGGAAGUCAUGCUGGAGAACUAUGGGAACGUGGCCUCUCUAGAGGACAAUCAGAGUUAUGAGGGCAAGGAACUUCAUCUGCAAUUACCGGAUAAAUUUAAUGAUGAGGAUUUGAAAAGAAAUUUCAGGAAUCAAGGCAGACCUAAGGGAGAGAAAGUCAGUCAUUUGGUUGAUAAGAGAGAUGGAAGAAUGCAUAAUGCACAUUAUCCAAAGGAAAAUACAAUAAAAACAAGUAGAUCGCAGCUUCUUGUGAACCAAAGUAUACAAGAAGGAGAGAAACCUUUUGAAUGCUUGGAGUGUGGAAAGAAAUUCAGUCAGAAUGGCAAUCUUCAAGUGCAUAAAAGAACUCACACAGGGGAGAAACCAUUUGAAUGCUCAGAGUGUGGGAAAAGAUUCAAAUACAGUAACAGUCUUCAGUAUCAUAAAAGAACCCACACGGGGGAGAAACGGUUUGAAUGCUCAGAGUGUGGAAAGAGAUACACUCAUAGUAGCAGUCUUAAAGUGCAUCAGAGAACCCACACAGGGGAGAAACCGUUUGAAUGCUUAGAUUGUGGAAAGAGAUUCAGUAGGAGUUGCUAUCUUCAAUAUCAUCAAAGAACCCACACAGGGGACAAACCUUUUGAAUGCUCAGAGUGUGGAAAGAGAUUCAGUAUGAGUCGCUAUCUUCAUUGUCAUCAAAAAACUCACACAGGGGACAAACCUUUUGAAUGCUCGGAGUGUGGGAAGAGAUUCAGUCAAAGUGGCAACCUUCAAGAGCAUAAAAGAAAUCACACAGGGGAGAAACCGUUUGAAUGCUCAGAGUGUGGAAAGAGAUUCAGUACACGUACUCAUCUUCAAGUGCAUCAAAGAAAUCACACAGGAGAGAAACCGUUUGAAUGCUCAGAGUGUGGAAAAAGAUUCAGUACGCGUAGCCAUCUUCAAGUGCAUCAAAGAAAUCACACAGGGGAGAAACCGUUUGAAUGCUCAGAGUGUGGAAAGAGAUUCAGUACACGUAGCCAUCUUCAGUAUCAUCAAAGAACCCACACAGGUGACAAACCUUUUGAGUGUUCAGAAUGUGGGAAGAGAUUCAGUCAAAGUAGCCAUCUUCAAGACCAUAAAAGAACCCACACAAAUGAGGAACCCUUUGAAUGCUCUCAGUGUGGAAAGAAAUUCCGUUAUAGUAGCAAUCUUCAGCUGCAUAUAAGAAUCCACACAGGGGAGAAACCUUUUGAAUGUUCAGAUUGUGGAAAGAAAUUCAGUAUGAGCUCCUAUCUUCAGCUGCAUAAAAGAACCCACACAGGGGAGAAACCAUUUGAAUGCUCAGAUUGUGGAAAGAAAUUCAGUACGAGCUCCUAUCUUCAGCUGCAUAAAAGAACCCACACAGGGGAGAAACCUUUUGAAUGCUCAGAGUGUGGAAAGAGAUUCAAUCGGAGUAGCCAUCUUCAUGAGCAUAAGACAACCCACAGAAAGGAGAAACAUUUUGAAUGCUCAGAAUGUGGAAAGAAAUUCAUUACGAGUCGUUAUCUUCAGCGGCAUAAAAGAUCCCACACAGGGGAGAAACUGUUUGAACGCUCAGAGUGUAGAAAGGGAUUCAAUCGGAGCGGCAGUCUUCAUUGGCAUAAAAGGACCAACACAGGGGAGAAGCCUUUUGAAUGCUCAGACUGUGGAAAGAGAUUCGGUCACAGUAGCCAUCUUCGAGACCAUAAAAGAAUCCACACAGGGGAGAAACCUUUUGAAUGUUCACAGUGUGGAAAGAGAUUCAAUCAGAGUAGCCAUCUUAAUGGGCAUAAAAAAACCCACACAAGACAGAAAUCUUUUGAAUGCUCAUGGUGUGGAAAGAGAUUUAUUAUGAGACGCUAUCUCCACCUGCAUAAGAGAACCCACACAGGGGAGAAACCGUUCAAAUGCUCAGAGUGUGGAAAGGGAUUCAUUCGGAGUGGCAAUCUUCAAAAGCAUCAAAAAAUCCACACAGAGGAGAAACCAAUUUAAAUGCUCAGUUUGGAAAGAGAUUCAGUAAGAGUGGUUAUCUCCAAUACCAUCAAAGAACCAACUGAGGGGACAAAGCAUUUGAAUGUUUAGAGUGUGGGAAGAGACUGAGAUGUAGCAUUUUCAAAAAUAUCCAGUGACCCAUGCAAGGAGAAACCAUGUUACCACAUAACCUGUGAAAUUAGCACUUCUCUUAUUUCACAGCUGAAAGAACACAGACCACAUAAAGCAUGAAAAUGAUAUAAA